UCUCUUCUACUUAGUAGGCAGCGCGUGCCAGUCCCUAUUUCAUCUCUUCUACUUAGUAGGCAGCGCGUGCCAGUCCCUAUUUCAUCUCUUCUACUUAGUAGGCAGCGCGUGCCAGUCCCUAUUUCAUCUCUUCUAGUAGGCAGCGCGUGCCUUAUUUAAUAACUUUAACUUUUAUUUAACGUGCACAUUGAGCAGAUUGCGGCAUAAAUAAUGUGUUAUUAUAAGACUUGUGGGCUGUUGCAAGAACGAUCGUAGAAUCAUAACAAUGUUGAUCAUUCUUAUGAUUCUAUGAUCAUUUUAUCAGAGGCCAUCUUAAAUACGCACGCUUCCAUAAAUAUAUACCUAAGUAAAUUACAUAUACAGAGACAUUCAGAAGACAUUUAGCUUCAUGUUCUUAAGUUUAUCGUCGUUAUACCUAUUUGUUGUAGAUGUUGGUUGCAGGUAAUACUAAAUGAACAAAUAUACUUGUGAGUCAUUAAACUAGACACGAGCGCAAGCCUCACAGCAUCGCGUACAUAAUUAUUUUAUUAUAUUCAUAUAUGAACUGAGCUUAUCAAAUAAAUACUUCGCAAGGCGUACUUGGUCAUAAAUACCAAGCAUAGUGAGUAAACUUUGCAACAUAAUCUACACACACACAUGCGUAUGUAUGACUCAUUGGUAACAUCAUGUCCAGAUGUGAUCCAAUGCUAUCUACUCGUUUGAGUGAUGGAUGACCAUACCAACAAUUUUUUAAUAGGAUUGGGAGAAAAGGCACAAAGGUCAUGGUCACCAUGUGAGUCAUGUAUACAUAGCAUACGCCGCCAGCCUUUCAAUAAAGAAAACCUUCCGAGAAAGUCUGUUAAUGAAGGUUUACAAGUUUUUGUAAACCUUCUGAAGCUCUGGUUGAAUAAAUUCGCGAGCGCCUGAAACCUGGUGGUACCACGUACUCACUCGGCUAUAUGGGUCUCCAUG